UGUUGCUGCUAAUUCUGUCUCUGACGAUUGAUUUCUCUGCCCUGGACAAAUGGCGUCAUCUUUCUUUUCUGAUUUUGGCCUUCUGUGGUACCUGGGGGAGCUCAAAAAGGAUGAGUUCAGAAAAUUUAAGGAUUUCCUCAAACAAGAGCCUCUGCAACUCGGACUCAAGCCAAUUCCCUGGGCUGAAGUAAGGAAGGCAACCCGGGAAGGACUUGCUAACCUAUUGGUCAAACAUUAUGAGGAACAAGAAGCAUGGAAUGUGACCUUCAGCAUCUUUCACAAGAUCCAUAGAAAGGAUCUCUGUGAGAAGGCCAAGAAAGAGAUUACAGGACACACCAAGACAUAUCAAGCUCAUAUACAGGAGAAGUUCAACAAUAUGUGGUUCAGAGAAUCUGUCACUAGGAUUCAUGACUACUUUGACCAGAAAACCACCCAGAAAGAACGUGAGUCUUUGGAACGUCUUUUUGCCCCUAAGGAAACUGGAAAACAGCCACGAACAGUGGUCUUUAAAGGAAUACAAGGGAUAGGGAAAACGACGUUUCUGAUCAAGUUGAUGUUGGCCUGGGCAGAGGGCAGCCUCUAUCAGGAGAGAUUCUUUUAUGUUUUCUACUUCUGCUGCCGGGAAAUGAAGCAGUUGACACAGACAAGCUUGGCAGCGCUGAUUUCUAGAGACUGGCCCAACUCCCAUGUUCCACUAACGGAGAUCAUGUCCCAGCCAGAGAGACUCUUGUUCGUCAUUGAUAGCUUUGAAGAACUGAAACACAACCUGGAUGAACCUGAGUCAGAUCUGUGCAGCGACUGGAUGGAGCAGCGACCAGUACGGGUGCUCCUGAGUAGCUUGUUGAGGAAGAAAAUGCUCCCCGAGUGCUCACUGCUCAUUGCAGCUGCACCUGUGUACCCAGGGGAAAUUGAGGAUAGGUUGGUGUGCCCAGAAAUUAAAACAUUCCUGGGAUUCAGUGAGAGUGAGAGGAAGCAGUACUUCUGCUGUAUAUUUCAAGACAGGAAUAGAGCCAUGGAAGCCUUCAGUUUUGUAAGAGAAAAUGAACAACUGUUUUGCAUGUGCCAAAUCCCCACCCUUUGCUGGAUUGUGUGCACUUGUCUGAAGCACGAGAUGGAAAGGGGGAAAGAUCUGGCACUGACCUGCCGACGUACCACCUCUCUUUAUACUUCUUUCAUCUUUAACUUGUUCACAGCCAAGGGCACUAGUUGUCCAGAUCAGCAAAGCCAAAGCCAGUUGAAGGGCUUGUGUUCCCUGGCUGCAGAGGGCAUGUGGACCGACACGUUUGUAUUUAGUGAAGAGGAUCUUAGGAGAAAUGGGUUAGUGGAUUCUGACAUUCCUACAUUGCUGGACAUGAAGGCUCUUCAGAAGUACAGAGAAUGUGAGAACUCAUACCUGUUCAUCCAUGUGUGUGUCCAGGAGUUCUGUGCCGCCAUGUUCUAUUUUCUGAAGAGCCACAUCGACCAUCCAAACCCAGCUGUUGGAUGUACAGAGACACUACUAUUUACCUAUUUAAAGAAAGUAAAAGUACAUUGGAUUUAUUUGGGGUGUUUCAUGUUUGGCCUUUUAAAUGAAAAGGAGCAACAAAAGCUGGAUGCGUUUUUUGGCUUCCACCUGUCCCAAGAGAUACAGCAGAAAUUUCGCCAGUGUGUGCAGCGCAUAGGUGAGAGUGAACAUCUUCAAGGAGAGGUGGAUUUCUUGGCAUUGUGUUACUGUUUGUUUGAGAUGCAGAACGAAGCCUUUGUAAAGUGGGCAAUGGCCCUCUUCCAAGACGUUACAUUUUCUAUUGUUGACAGUGCAGAUUUGGUGACUUCUGCCUACUGCUUAAAACACUGUUCUCGCUUGAGGAAACUUUGGCUUUCCAUCCAAAAUGUCUUUAAAGAAGAGAAUGCAAACAACCCCACGUCAAAUUACAGUUUCAUCUGUUGGCAUCAUGUCUGCUCUGUGCUCACUACAAAUGAGAACCUCACAGAACUCCAAGUGAGUGACAGCAGCCUCAACGAGUCAGCCUUUGUGACUUUGUGUAAUCAGCUGAGGCAUCCCAGCUGUCACCUUCAAAAGCUUUGGAUAAAUAACGUUUCCUUCUCUGCUGAGAGUUGGUUUUUCUUUGAGGUGCUCACGCUUAGCCCGGAUUUGAAAUACCUGAACCUCAAUGGCACAGCCCUCUCCCGUAAGGAUGUGAAGUUGCUCUGUAACGCCUUGAGCAAUCCAAAGUGCAACGUGGAGGAACUGCUGCUGACAAAUUGUUGCCUUUCAGCUGAUGAUUGUGAAGCCUUCACCUGGGUCUUAAACAGCAACAACAAGCUGAAGCUUCUUAACGUAUCAUACAACUACUUGGACAAAGGCGUGCCCCUGUUGUGUAAGGCCCUGCGCCACCCAGACUGCGCUCUGGAGGUCUUGGUCUUGGGUUACUGCUACCUCAGUGGACACUGCUGGAAAAGCCUCUCUGAUGCUCUUCUGUGUAACAAGAGCUUGGUCCAUCUAGACCUCAGCGCAAAUGUCCUGAAAUAUGAAGAACUGAAACUUCUCUGCGAGGCCUUGAAACAGCCAAGCUGCCAACUACAGUCGCUGUGUUUAUUAAAAUGUUGUAUCACUGCCCGUGGCUGUCAAGACCUUGCCUCAGUCCUCACCAGCAACCAAAACCUGACAGGUCUGCAAAUUGGGUACAACGAUAUAGAAGAUGUCGGUGCGAAGCUGUUGUGCGAAGCUCUGACACAUCCCCAAUGUCGCUUAGAGAAUCUUGGGCUGGGUGCGUGCAAGUUAACUAGUGCCUGCUGCGAGGAUCUCUCUUCUGCUCUCACCAGCAGUAAAACUCUGAGAAGACUGAACCUCAGUGGAAACGCCUUGGACCACGGUGGGGUGGUGGUGCUGUGUGAGGCCCUGAGAUGCCCAGAGUGCCCCCUGCAGGUUCUCGGGCUGAAAAAAGAUGAAUUUGAUGAGGAAACCCAGAGACUUCUGAUGGCUGAAGAAGAGAGAAAUCCCCACUUGACAAUUUUCAGUGGCUAAUGGAACAGAGACAGGAGCAGAAGGGCAGAAAUCAGAUUGCGAGCAAGCAGGAUUCAUUCAGACUCAAGAGCACCUAUGGAGGAUAAGUAUUGGAGCCCUUACUUAUACCUACUCUGCACCCAGUAAUCACAAGUUACUCACACUGAUGGAGCCCUGAUUUUUCUGGUACCCCGUGCAGAUGUGUUUCAUACGUUGUGUGUUAAUGGGGUUUUUAUAUUUGCUUUGCGGCUUUGGGCAAGCCACUGAAAGACCUGCAAGGUAAAAUUUCUAUCCUGUCUUACAAUGACAUUUU